AUGCCCAUCCACGGUGCUGCGCAGUGUGACGCCUCAGAUGAGCUCUUCUCACUGCUUCUAGAGCACGGCGCAGAACUCGAAGACGCACGGAACGACUUCGACCGCACACCGUUAAAUCGAGCCGUCUCAUGUAACAGCGCUCACAGCUGUGCAUUCCUCCUAGACCACGGCGCCGAUAUGAACCGACUGAAUCGGGAGGGUGAUACCCCCAUGUUCGAGGCAGUGAUGAAGAACUCGCAUGCGUGCAUUGAGCUGCUGAUUUCACGGGGGGCUGACUAUCGCCGGGUGAAGGGGAGGCAGACUGUGCUGCAUAUUGCUGCGAUGAGGGGGGAUCAGCGAACGUUUGAAAUACUGACGGCGGCGGGCAUGGAGGGUGUCAAUGUCAAUGCGAGAGAUGGAGAGGGGAGGACCGCAAUGGGGUUGCUUGCUGGACGGGUGGGGAUGCCAACAGAGACUCUUGCAGCCUUCGACAAGUUGCUGGCGAGUUUGAAUCCGGAGGUAGCAGAGGGAACCUGUGAGGAAGAGUUUAGUGAUGCGGUGGAAUACAUGUAA